CUUUAACAACGUGGAGCGGAUAAUUUGAGCAGAAGAAUAACAUUAUUACUGUUGAUUUUAAUGAUCGUAUGAGAUUGCAGACGUCGAUGGAGACACCAUUUAGUAUAACUACGAAAUCGCCAAUCGACGCCAGUCGUUUACAAACGGGCAAAUCUGGCAUGGUUAAAUCCGAUGUAAAACAGGAUGACAACAUUGCGGGUCUCAACCCGUAAAGAGGAAAAGCAUGCCACAGAUUCCUUUUCACUGGUGCGCCAACUUAGUGGGCAGAUCGCAGGGAGUCAGAGGUCAUGGGUUGAAAAGACCUUUUACAAGCGCGAGUGCUGUAAAUUCAUCGCCAGCCUGCGUGAUCCGGGCAAGUGCUGCUGUGGGCGGAAUAAAGACUGGCAUGACACGCUAUCAAACCUCUAUAGUCCCUCCCCUGUCAAUGAGAAAUGGCAUCCCUAUGGACACACGCAAUCAUAUCCUACAAAUGCAUAUGGCACCAUUGAGUUCCAGGGGGCACCACAUCCCAGCAAAGCACAGUAUGUAAGGCUGAGCAGCUUUGACAGCAAACCAGAACAGGUCCUACAGUUACUGCAGAAACACUGGAGCCUCGAUUUUCCAAAACUUCUCAUCACUGUACAUGGGGGAAUUCUCAACUUUGACCUCCAGCCAAAAUUAAAGCGAGUGUUUAGAAAAGGACUUCUGAAGGCGGCUAAAACAACAGGGGCAUGGAUCAUCACUGGGGGUACAAAUACAGGUGUAACAAGACAUGUUGGAGACACAAUCAGUGACAGGACAACCAAGUUAAAAAACAAGGUGGUGGCCAUUGGAAUAGCACCCUGGGGCAUUGUGGAAAAUAAGGAAGACCUCAUCGGCAAAGACAAAGUGGUGCCGUACCACUGUGUGUCAUCACCUAAAACUAACUAUGCUGUCCUAAACAGUAACCACUCCUACUUCCUCCUUGUGGACAAUGGCACUGUCGGCAAAUAUGGCGGGGAGAUCAUCUUCAGGAAAAGGCUUGAAAAAUACAUUGCACAACAGAAAAUAUCCAUAGCAAGUGGUGUCAAGGGUCGUGGUGUGCCUGUCAUAUGUGUGGUGUUGGAGGGUGGGGCCAAUACCAUACGGUCUGUUCUGGAGUAUGUCACCGACUCCCCACCCGUCCCUGUUGUUGUCUGUGAUGGGAGUGGUCGUGCUGCUGACCUCCUGGCCUUUACACACAAGUACACACUGGAGGAUGGCACAAUGCCGGAGAGUUUACGAGAUCAGCUCAUUCUAACCAUUCAGAAGACAUUCCAGUAUUCUCAAGAACAAGCAGAGAAGCUCUUCAUCGAGUUAAUGUUGUGUAUCAAGAAAAAGGAGCUGAUAACGGUGUUCCGCAUGGGAGAGGGAGCUCAGGACAUAGACCUUGCCAUUCUUACUGCGCUGCUCAAAGGAACGAAUGCCAGUGCACCUGACCAACUGAGUCUAGCUUUGACUUGGGACAGAGUGGACAUAGCAAGAAGUCAUAUUUUUGUCUAUGGUCAGGAGUGGCCCGAAGGCUCCCUGGAGCAAGCCAUGAUGGAUGCACUCAUCAACGAUCGUGUGGACUUCGUGAAGCUGUUACUUGAAAAUGGUGUGAGCAUGCAGACAUUUCUGACCAUACAGAGGCUGGAGGAACUCUACAACACGAGGCACGGUCCCAGUAACACCCUGAGGUACCUCGUACGAGAUAUCAAAAAGCAUGUGCCCUCCCAUUACCGGUACAACUUGAUUGACAUAGGCGCCGUCAUCGAGCACCUGAUGGACGGGGCCUUCCGCGCCUCUUACUGUCGCAAACGGUUCAGGCAGAAAUACAACGCCAUCAAGCGUAAUGGCGUGGCUGGUAACAUGGGCAAUCUGGUCACCACACUGCCCCUGUUUCUGGACACUAAGGAGGCUCAGGAGCUCUUCCCUUACCCCUUCCACGACCUCAUGAUCUGGGCCGUCCUGAUGAAGCGACAGAAGAUGGCACUGUUUAUGUGGCAGCAUGGAGAAGAAGCCAUGGCCAAGGCCCUGAUGGCCUGUAAGCUGUAUAAAGCUAUGUCACACGAGGCUGACUCUGAUGAUCUCGAGGUGGAUAUCUCAGAUGAACUCAGGUCUUAUGCAAAGGAAUUCCAAGUGUUGGCGUUGGGGUUACUGGAGCACUGUUACAAGAUAGACGAUGACUACACUCAACAGCUGCUCACUUAUGAACUCAAGAAUUUCAGCGACCAGACUUGUCUGAGUCUGGCUGUGGCAGCUAACCACCGAGAGUUUGUAGCUCACACCUGUUGUCAGAUCCUCCUCAAUGACAUGUGGAUGGGAGGUCUACAGAUGAGGAAAAACAGCAGUCUCAAGGUAAUUAUGGGUAUACUGAUUCCCCCUUAUAUUCUGGCCCUGGAGUUUAAGAGUAAAGAGGAGCUACAGUUGAUGCCCCAGACAAUGGAGGAACACUUGGAUGAGCUGGAGAACCAGGCCAGUGAGGAAGGAGACCUGUCCUUCAGUGAGGACAUCAACGAGGACCAUGUUAAUGAGAACCUGUACAUAGAUGACGUCAAUGUAGAGACGAGCUUCCAUUCGUCCAGCCAGGGCUUCCCCAGAGAGAACGGGUCCAUCCACAACGAAAGUAACCAGGAAUACUCACAAUUCACGAUAAAGAAGAAGAAAAGCCCAUUACGACUCGGCAAGAGGAUCUAUGAGUUUUAUAAUGCACCGAUCACUAAAUUUUGGUUUUAUACUAUGGCCUAUAUUGGAUUCUUGAUCUGUUAUACAUAUGUUGUGUUGGUGAAGACCUCGCCAGAACCCCGGUGGCAGGAAUAUCUUGUCAUGUCCUAUAUGUUUACACUGGCAAUCGAAAAAAUUAGACAGGUGAUUGCCUCAGAGCCAGUGAAGAUCCGUGUCAAGUUACGUGUACACUUUAGUCAGCUGUGGAAUGUAUGGGACUCCAUUGGGGUGGCGCUGUUCACUGUGGCUGUGUUGAUUCGACACGUCCAGGACACCACCAAUAACGUGCGGGUCCUUUACACCAUCAACAUCGUCUUCUGGUACAUACGCAUCCUUGAGAUCCUGUCCGUCAAUAAAUAUCUCGGCCCCUAUGUCAAGAUCAUUGGCAAGCUGCUGAGAGACAUGUCUUACUUCAUCAUCAUCCUCCUGAUUGUACUGAUGAGCUUUGGUAUAGUGAGACAGGCCAUCCACUUCCAAAACGAAGAACCGUCCUUCAAACUGGUCCGCAACAUGUUCUUUUACCCAUACUGGAUGAUCUAUGGAGAAUUGUUUGCUGACGAGAUUGACACCUGUACAGACACCGAGCGUCACCCUGAGGGCUGCACCUAUGGGUCGUGGGUAGCUCCGGCCCUGAUGUGUGUCUACCUCUUGGUGGCCAAUAUACUGCUGGUCAACCUCCUCAUUGCACGCUUUAAUGCAACCUUCAUUAAAAACAACGCCAACUCCAGAGAGAUCUGGAAAUUUCAACGAUAUCAGCUGAUCAUAAACUACGAACUUCGCCCCAUCCUGCCACCUCCACUGUUGUUCUUUAGUCACAUAUUUCUGGCUUUUAAGUUCAUGAUUCGACGCUGUAAAGGCAAACGAGACCUGUUUGACAAUGGGCUAAAACUUUUCCUGUCACUGGAUGACACAGAGAAGCUACAUGACUUUGAGGAGGAGUGUAUAGAGGACUAUUUCAGGGAGAAGGAACACCAGUUCCAGUCCUCGAAUGAAGAGAGAAUCCGAAUCAUCAAUGAAAGAGUUGAGAACAUGACCCUUCGGAUGGAUGAUGUGAACCAAAAAGAAAAUUCCAUCAAGCUGUCCCUACAAACAGUGGAGUACCGUUUAUCCAAACUGGAGGAGAUUUCUAUCCAGUCAGCUGAUAUACUCAACUCCAUGCGUAAUUUUAUGGCCCGAGGGGUACGCCACAUCAGUGCGUCAAGUGGUACAUCUAGUCACGGUCGUCUGGGCAGCCAGGACUCUAUUGUGGAGGUGGCAGACUUACACAUGUAUGACACUCCAGCCAAGACAGAGCAGGAAGCCACGACCAGUCGGGGGACGGGACCGGACAGAACAUCCGAGUCCUCUAUAACAACACCUGAUGCCAAUGCCACCAUGCGUAGUAUACCCUCGCCCCUGUUAGUACAUUCCAAGAAACCUGUAAAGGAGGAGCACAUGCACCGCUAUACUGACUUUACCAAACCCAUAACCCUACAGAGGUCCGGUUCAGGUCACAGGUCGAUGGACCGAUCUCAUAGCCAGAAGUCACGAACCCCACUGCCUCGUCUCUCAGAAAAUAGUCCUGAGGCCAAAAUAACAGAACCGAUUGUUCCAAAGGAAAUUUCUCUACAACAGCGACGAAAGGGAGGGCCAAGUGGGCCCAAACUAGUGGUGGACAUAGACAAGGCUAAUAUUUCAUCCACUGAAGAUCUGACUCAUAUCCUCAACAAGCCACGUGGCAUUCUGUUGAGGGAACACAAUGUGAAUGAUACUAAUCAAUCAGCUGCUGUCUACACUACUGCUAAACUUGUAGUAGACACGACGAUGACGACAGGUCAAAUGACGACUGAUGGCAUGAUUGAGGACAUGUCCGAUGAGGAGCAGCAGGAGAUAUCAAGUAAAGACCCGCCUAUCAUCACCACAUCCUUAUCCUCGUCCCCUGUACGCUCGUCUGGGCAUGCAGCCACUGCAAUGUACAGUGUGCCUAGUUCUAUGGUGGCCCAGCUCACGCCCAUCCUUACCUCACUGAGGUCCGAGUACACCACCAUCACUGACGAGAUUGACACAUCCUGUAUGAUGGACAAGAGUCCGCCCGGCAGCCCCUCCACAGCAGGGGCUUUCUUCGAUGGAAAGUUUGAUAAUAGAAAGAAAAACUCUAUAAAAAUGCUGAACGAGAAUGCCUUGCUGAAGCAGGCAGAAGAGGUAGGUCAUAAACGCAUGGAAAAAGUGAUCAGACACCGUUUACGACAGAUCUCUCUUGACGAGAAUGACAGCAUCAGUGACAUUGCCAAGCUUGUGGUAAGUGAAAUGAACUUGACAGAAGAGGAUCCGGAGGAGCAGUCAGGCCAGGAGGACGAGCCUGAGGUGAACCAUUCAGAUCAUCAUGGAUCAGCGGAGAGUGUCAUCAUGGGUCACCUUACUACUGAUAUGGUAGAGAUACGCAUACGCAGGGCAUCCACGGAGGACAAAUCUGACAUGACAUUAUGACUUUGUCAAUUUUAGGUUAUU